GCAAACUCAGUCCUGCUCUGCUGUACACGGUGCAGGGCAGAGAGGAGGGAGAGAGCCAAUCACCGAAACGCACAGGCUCCCUUUAAGCCUGACAUAUCUCCAACAGGAACAAAUUGUCCCAACAAUCAACAUCCCCAAUCUGCUGCGCGCAUCAGGAGCUGGAGUGGAGAGUGGAUAGUUUAUUAUAGGAUAGUUUAUUAUAGGGCCUGUGUUGCGCGGACGGUAUUGCGCUGGAUUGCAAGAAAGUAAAACACUAAAUAAACGGACAGCUGUAGGUUUGGAUACCAACCUUUUGGGCGGAGGACAUCAUGUCUAUACUACCGUCAUUCGGGUUUACGCAGGAGCAAGUUGCGUGCGUCUGCGAGGUGCUGCAGCAGGGAGGAAACCUGGAGAGGCUCGGCCGCUUCCUGUGGUCUCUACCGGCUUGCGAUCACCUCCACAAGAACGAGAGCGUCCUCAAAGCCAAGGCGGUGGUGGCUUUCCACCGGGGUAACUUCAGAGAGCUUUACAAGAUCCUGGAGAGCCACCAGUUCUCUCCGCACAACCAUCCGAAGCUGCAGCAGCUGUGGCUGAAGGCGCACUACGUGGAGGCGGAGAAGCUGCGCGGCCGGCCGCUCGGAGCCGUGGGGAAGUACCGGGUGAGGAGGAAAUUCCCGCUGCCACGCACGAUAUGGGACGGAGAGGAGACCAGCUACUGCUUUAAGGAGAAGUCCAGGGGUGUGCUGAGAGAGUGGUACACGCACAACCCUUAUCCGUCUCCGAGGGAGAAGAGAGAGCUGGCCGAGGCCACAGGACUGACCACCACGCAGGUCAGCAACUGGUUCAAAAACAGACGGCAGAGGGACAGAGCUGCGGAGGCCAAGGAGAGAGAAAACAGUGAAAACAGCAACGCAGGCGGCAACAAACAGAACCAGCUGUCUCCUCUGGACGGAGGGAAGUCGCUCAUGUCCAGCUCGGAGGACGAGUUUUCUCCCCCUCAGAGCCCAGACCAGAACUCAUCGCUUUUGCUCCAGCAGGGCUCCAUGAACCACCCCGGAGCCUCCAGUUACCCCAUGUCCGGCCUGGGGCCUCCUCAGCCGGUGCACAGCAUGCACGGACACCCGCACCAACUGCAGGACUCACUACUGGGACCUCUAACCUCCAGUCUCGUGGAUUUGGGCUCUUAAAGAGAAUGCCAGAAUUCCAUUCUAUUUUACAAACAACAAAAGAACCCAAGAACACUGAUUAAGUGUAUCAGAUUGAGUACAUGUAUGAAAUAACACUAUAGUAGCCUAUACCUUAUAAUAUAGACUGACUUGUUAAAUUUGGUUAUAGAACAAACACUCCUUUUAUGCUCUUAACCUGUAUAUCCCCACAUGACAGGAGCUUUUUUCUCAUCUCCUGUGAACACACACAAACUCUUAACUCAACGAAACACUUAACUGGACUGCCCAUAUGUGCUUAAUUUAUGAUAUUUUGUUGAGAUAAAAGAAUUAUAGCAAACGUCCUGCGAUGGAAACUAAGAGGUAACGUUUUCCAUUAGAGUCAUGGUAGUUUCCAAUAAAACAAAAGUAAUACA